AUGGUGUUCUUCAUGGUGACCAUGGUAUUCCUCAUUGUGACCGUGGUGUACCUCAUGGUGGCCACGGUGCUCCUCAUGUUGGCCAUGGUGCUCGUCAUGGUAUCCAAGGUGGUCCUCAUGAUAGCCAUGGUGUUCUUCGUGGUGCCCAUGGUUUUCAUGUUUGUGUUCCUCGUGAUGGAUUGGAACACGCUUGUUUUUAUGGGUUUGAUGAAGAACUAUACUCUGAGACGAAUAAGCAUGACCGUGAUCGUGACCAUGCUGGUGAUGGUUUUGUGCAACGACUGUUGCAACUGCGAUAACUACGAGGAAGAUCUGUUUGAAAAUAGAAAAAAAAAUAUAGCACGUGUAGGAAAAUAA